CUAUCUUCACAUUUUGUUAUUUUUUUAUUUUAUUUGUUUUAUCAUUUUUAAACACUUGCAUUAAUGCCGCAUGGUUUAAAUUAGUUAAGUCGCGGUGGUAUAAUAGUUAUAUCAUGUAUUAACUGUUAAACUGCGAAUGCCAAAGUACUUUUACGCACCCAUAAAGAAUGACAUCUGUUCCAGUUAGCAGCUCUUCCGUGCGCCCAGCUCGCCGGAGCGAGUGGCUUUGCAGCGCCUUGGCACACCACUACAAACCGGACCCCGGCGUGGGUAAUGAGAUUGUAGUCCUAGCCACCGGAGUCGACCAGUACCUCCAGGAAAUAUUCCAUCACCUGGCCUUUUACAGCGGAGACGAUCUCAUCUCCGACGAGGACUUCAAACUAUUAUGCUCGGUUUUGGGGUUACUCGAGCACCUGGAAGUAGAGGAGGCGGGAGGGAAUGAGACGAGAGGGCUCUGCUCCGGGCUGCCCCGGGAGCUCGGCUUCAGGGAAUUUCACUCCAGGCUCUGUGGAUAUUUCUGCCUCCGCUCUGGGGGGUCUCAAGCUGAGACUCGCCUACCUCUUGCGGCGGAGACAGAACACGUAGAGCGAGAGAUUAGACUUCGCUGGCCGCGAGUGCGGCGGAGGAAGUGUGUCAGUUUUGACCUCUCCAAGGACCGACAGUCGGUCAAGAGGACAUGUCAGAAAUCUGGAUCGAUCUUGAAACUGGAUAAACUGCACUUCUGCUCCGACUCCGGCCAACAGGGGGCAGUACAGUGCCGCCUGGAGAUGGAGAAUGCCAGCCUGCUGGAACUGGUGGAGGAUCUGAGAUCAGCCCUGCAGGGGAGUGACGCCCGCUGCCUGGCCUUAGAAGUAGCAGUGCGGAGAGAAAAAGCUGCAGAGCCGCAUGGCACAAGCAAGCAGAAGCCAGUCGAGGUGCCAGCCUGCAGGGCGGCUCGUCACCACAAGGGAGAGUGCUGCCGGGGCACCAGGGCCCUCCUGAAAGAGCUGGAGCUGAUCAGAGCCUCGCGGGACGGACAGCUCGAGGAGGCCAUGAGGUUCAAUCAGAGGGUGGAGGAAGAGCUGAUGGCAGCCAAUCAGCAGAUCCAGCAGCUGGAGGAGGCGGCGUCUCGGCUGCAGUGGGAGAACGCGGAGAUCAAGAGGAAGGCUGAAGAUGCCAGGGCAGCUCUGGUCAACGGGCUUGAGAAAGUCAGGGAGAUCCAGGAGACUGCCAGGCUGGUGCCCUGCUUGCAAGAGAGGAUCCAGGAGCUGGAGGCUGAGCUGCAAAGCUACCGCUUCAGGGCUGAGACUCCGGACGAGCAGGUGACCUCCGCCGUGACCCUCGACCCCUGCAGCCCACCCCCCUCGCAUCGACGCUCCCCCACGGGCCGAGACGAGAGCUCCCUGAGAGCGGGGGAGGAGCAUCUCCAGCGGGCAGUGGAAGGCCGCGCUGCCUCGGACGAGGAGGAGGAGGAGAGAGGAAGCGAGGAAGGGCAGUGCUGUCUCCUGGAGGUCAAGAGGCUGCUGAACCAGCUCAGCUGCUGUGGGAGAGGCUGUCAAAGUAGUGCUGCACGCCAGCUGCUCAUCGCCCAGGCCAGUUUCCAUGGCAACGCAUCGGCCUGUGUCGCCAUGACAUCAGAGCUCAAGGGGUGGAGUCGGCGAUGCCACGCCCGUCUCGAGGAUCAGGGAAGGAGUUCGGAGAGCGAGUUGGAAAAGCUGCUGUGCUCGACAGGGAAGGACCUGCAGCUGCAGGAGGAGGAAGCGGAGAUGCUGCGGAUGGAGCUCCAGAUGGUUGAGACAGAGCGCGUGCGUCUCUCUCUGCUGGAGGAGAAGCUGGCUGAUGCACUGACACUGCUGCUGCAGCUGCGAGCGCAGAAUAUUUCUCGCAGGGCUCUGGGGAAGAUCCUUUUGGACACACUUGAUCUCUGUAGCAAAGCUGGCCAUGGUCCAUCCCACUCCCCUGUAGUGCUCGAUACCCUCUGUCAGCAGCUCCUAUCCUCUGAGCUACUGGCGGCAGAACCAGCCGGGCAGGCUGGACCCGAGCAGCCGUGCAGCACCACCAACUCCCUGAUCAUCUCCUGCUGAGACUGAGGAGAGAGAGUGGCUAUCAGCUGCAGUCCUGUGAGCCCAGAAUGGGAAUGGGAUGUGAAACAGAGGACUGAAGAUGCCAGUCUAGCACCUUCCCAGAUUCCAAGUGUUGUAUUAUUAGACAGAAACAAAUGAACUUCAGCAGAUACCAUUCUAUUUCACUGAUUAUAAACUGCUGUUCAAAACCACAGUUUAUUUGAAGUCGUAGGCGAUGUGAAGCUCUAAUUAGCUGUUUGUUUACUACAGUUCUUUAGCGGUAAAUAGCCUGUCUAUUAUGGUGUAUAUAUAGAAAUCUAUAAAUGCAAAAUGUCUCAAUUAUUUUUUAAAUGUACUAUAUUUGUAUCCAUUCUCUGUACAAAGUAUAUAUAUCGUGAGCGUUAAUUUUAUUUUUUUAUCUGAGGACAUACUGCCACCUACGUGUAAGUGGAUGUUACUACAGUGUAUCACUCUUCAUGUCCAAUUGUACAGAGAGGUAGCUGGAACCCUUGGGCUUGUCUAUUGUACUGAUAGCUGUUCCUGUUCAUUUCUGGUAUUUCAGAAAUUAAAAA